UCAUAAACUUUGCAAAUGUGUACACACUAAACCCAAUGGUAACACAAAAAUUUCUCCCGCGUGUUCUACCAAUUCUUCGAAGACAAUUUGUCGCAAGGAGUCAGCUUCGAUUUAUAAACAAAAUGAGCAAAACAACAACAACAGAUAGUGGAGCAGCGACACCGCCAAAACGCUCGCCACCCCUCACGAUAGGCACGCACAAUGGGAUAUUUCACUGUGACGAGGUAGUUGCGUGUUUUAUGCUCAAACAGCUGCCGGAAUAUGAAAAUGCCGAAAUCUUUCGCAGUCGCGACAUCAACGCAUUGCGUGACAAAUGCGACAUAAUAAUGGAUGUGGGCGGUGAAUUUGAUCACAAGAAGAAAUGGUACGAUCAUCACCAGUUGACAUUUAAGGAUACGUUUAGCACCGUUUGCCCGGAUUUCAGCGAUGAUUUUGACAUAAGGCUGAGCAGCGCUGGUUUAAUUUACUGUUUUUAUGGCGAGCGCGUUAUUCAAAGUAUUUUGCUACGUGAACGCAAAAUGGAAUUGUCGCAGCCAAAUCUAAAGCUGGCAUUUUUGCAAAUCUAUCGCAAUUUCAUCAACGAACUGGAUGCCAUCGACAACGGGGUGCCCAUGCUUGAGGGUGGCGAGCCACGCUACAAGAUCUCCACACAUCUGUCCGCACGCAUUGCCAUGUUGAAUCCCUCGUGGCAGGACACAAAUGUCGAUGUGGAUGCACGCUUCCAACUGGCCAUGGCCACAGCGGGUAAAGAGUUUGUGGACAAUGUGCUGGAAGUUGCUUGUUCUUGGAUUGCGGCACGUGAUCAUGUGCGACACGCUUUGGAGCAGGCCAAAUCGGUGCUUGCAUCUGGUGAAAUCCUCUUGCUUGAAACAUUCUGUCCGUGGAAGGCGCAUUUAUUCGAUCUGGAAAAGGAAUACGGGCUGGAAGGUGUACCCAAGCUGGUUAUAUUCAAUGAUGGCAGCAGUUGGCGUGUUGCUGGCGUCCCCAUAACGCCCUCAAGCUUCCAAGGACGCAAGUUUCUGCCCCGCCCCUGGCGUGGUCUACGUGACGAGGAAUUGAGCCAGCUGGCCGCAGUCAAAGAUCUAAUCUUUGUGCAUCACACGGGUUUCAUAGGUGGGGCCAAGACAAAAGAGGCUGCUCUGGCAAUGGCCAAAAUGAGCAUGGAAUAUGCGGACGAAUGAGAAUAGAGAGAAUGGGAAUAAAUUGAGUCCAUUUUUUGGGGAACCUUACAAAUUUUA